AUGAAAGUUAUGGAAAAUGAAGCGAGCGAGGCGGUACCUUUAAUGCUAUGCUCAGUAACUUGCAGCGAGGAAGAGAAAUAUGAUUCGAGAUAUGAUUUCCUGUUGAAUGCUGUUGAACCACGACCUCAAAAAUCAAAGACCCCCGUAUACGUGGAUUCGGCUGGAAUUCCUCUAGAGAUGAAGAUAACUACGUUACUUCCUGCCUCUAUAAGACAACGUGAUGAGCGCAGACAACGUGGUUCACAUAAUUCUUCGAGCGCCGUCUCUGCUUUGCUGGCACUUCUCGAAUGA